AUGAAUCAUCUUGAAAGAUUAUUGCAUUAAUAAGGGAAGAAAGUAAAGUUGUAAGGAUAAGAAUUAGAUGAUAUUAAUAAAAGACAUUAAGAAUUAUAAACAAAAUUAACUUAAGAGGAGGAGAAAAAUAAAAUAUUGUAAUCAGAUGUAGAUAAAUUAACAUAAAUUUAAAAUGAAUUGAGAAGACAGAUUUAAUUUUUGGAAGCAUAAAGAGAUAAUUUAUUAGAAUAACUAAAAUCAUUGCAUGAAUAUAAUUUUUCAAUGUUUAAUCUAUAGUAAAAAAUAAAUCAAAUAUUUAUAGGCAUAAUCAUUAAUUCAAUAAAAUGAGAACAGUUUAAUAGUUAAAUUUAACAUAAAAUGAAUUAUAAAAAUCAUAACAGCAAAUAUUAAAAAUAUAAAGUGAAAAUGCAGAGUUGAGAAGUAAAGUUUAGGAAUUAAUGAUAAAUAAUUAAUCUUUAAAUGAAUAAAUAGAAGUGUAUCCAAAAUAAAUUGAAAAUCUUAGAUAAAAAUAUAUAUAAUUAUUGUCUGAAAGAGAUUUACAAAUAUUGUAAUUAGAUGAGAAAAUAGAAUUAUUAAAGAAAGAGAAAUAAAUAAAAGAAGAAAAAAAUUAGAAAAUAGAAUUUGAAGUAUCUGAUAUUACAGAAGAUACAGAUUCCAAUUAGCAUGGAAAUUAAUAUUAAUAAAUAAUGAUGGAUUAAGCUGAAAUAAUAAAGACUAUGAAAAUAUAGGAUGAAGAAAAACAGAAAACUAUCUUAUAUCUUAAUGAAUAAGUUACAUUAUUAUAAAUUGAAAAUUCAAAAUAAAAAUAAUAAUAUACAAGUUAAUAGAUAAUUAAACUUUAUCCUUAAGAAAUUUAAAUAUAAAUUCGUCGUAUUUAACAACUUAGAAGUUUUCUACCUUAAUUUACAACUAAGAUUGCAAUAAUAUAAAUGAAAUAAUAAGAAAUUAAUCUGUUAAGAUAAUAAAAUUAAGAUUUGGAGAUGAAAUGUUAAUAACAAUAAUAGGAAUUAACUAAAUAUUAAUAAAAAUAUUAAAAAAAAGAAAAAAAAUUUAGUGAUAUAUAAGAUUAAUUUACAAAUGUUUUAUAAGAGAAUUGGAAAUUAAAAGAGAGACUUAUAGAUAUAUUAUAAAAUGAAGAAUAAGUUGAGUAAUUUUUAUAGAAUUUGUCUAAAGAAUUGAAUUUUGAAGAAUAUCCUUUUGAAAGUUUGGAUGAAUUAUUAAAAAGUUAUAAUAAGAUAAAAAGUAAAUUGCUGAAUUAAUCAGAAUAGAAGCAUAUUAGUCUUCUUUGA